CUCCUCCUUAUGGUUUUAUUUAUGGUUGACAUGGACUAACACCUUUUACUCCUGACGAAAUCAGCGGUACGCACGGAGUGAUGCACCUCUCUUCCCUCCCUCCGAUAUUUACCUGCUUGGGCUUUAUUAUGCAAUACAGUUGAUAAGCAUACCUAUUGGUUUAAUUGGAAUAUUUUGACCGUUCUGUAUAUGCUGAAUUGGUGAUAUUCUUACCUUUUGAACCGAGUAACUGUAUAUACUUAUUAUAUUUUGUACACCCAGGUAUUACAAUAUGAAGGCAAGCAGUCGCUCAGUACUGGAUUGUUUGUCUUUCACAUACUUGGCAGUGUGAAAACCAAUGGGGAGAAGUUUGGUUCUAUUUACUCUUUUGUACCAUAAAUGAUGGAAGGCUAAUUAGUAUAAUAAAGUUUGCCUUUUACAUGAUGCUGGUGCAGAGUUAUGGUGUCCUUUGUUUGUUUCAUGGGGCUGCACACAGCCCUGUAAAUUUCAGUUGUGAUGUCAUUGCAUAGAGGCUAUGGGACAAGUGGCAGUUGGAAACAGAGGUCUAGAGACGAGCACUUACGGCAGUUGGUUUCAGUACUUGGUUUGUCUCAGACCAGAGUGCAUCUCUUGGCGAUUCCUCGAUCCUCCAAGUGAUUUCAGAGUGAGAAAAAGCGAUUUUUUUUGCAGCGGAAAGCAAAUUCACCAACUUUGGUUGAGAGGAAUUGCUUUUGAAGAAAGAAGAAUAUUUCUACAGAAGAAGAAAAUCAAAAGUCCAUUCUUUGAGACUUUAUUGAUACCAUCAAGAUGAAGAGAAGGAUCGACGACGUGAGCAGCAGCGAGGAAAAAAGUGGGCGAAAAAGGAAGAAAAAGAGAAGAAUACACAAGUGCAGCUCCAGUGAGGAAAUAAAAAUGGAAGGAAGGAAAAGACCCAGAGAGAGUGAGAACAGCGCUACAUCAGAACGAGGAAGUGAAUUGAAGAGACCCCGUGUGGAAGAAGAACUUCCUCUCCCAGUAGCAAUCAGCAACUGCACCAUCCAUGCUGAGCUUGGGAGUGGAACAUACGGCAGAGUUUGGUUGGUAUCUUUACAAGACAGGAUCCAGCAUAUGGCCAUCAAGGUCAUUAAGAAGAGCAACACCAACACGUCCAACAUCAUCACAGAGGCACGGGUAUUGAAGACAGCAGCUGGAUGCCCAUACCUUUGCUCUGCCUAUGGUUCUUUCCAAACACAGGGGCAUGUUCUUCAUGCUAUGGAGUAUGUCAGCGGAGGGACCCUAUGGAGCGUCAUCAAGAACAGCGUCCGGCUAGAGAAUGACUUAGUAAGAUUCUACGCAGCAGAGCUGGUGUGCGGCCUGCAGUUUCUCCACUCAAAUGGGAUUAUCCAUCGGGAUCUUAAACCAUCUAAUGUCCUAGUAACCAACGAGGGACAUAUAAAGAUCGCUGAUUUUGGCUUGGCAGCUGAGGGCAUCUUUGGCAAUAAAAAGAUCAGAGGUAGAAAAGGAACACCUGCCUUUAUGGCCCCAGAGAUGCUAAAAAAGGAGAAAUAUAACACAGGAAUAGACUGGUGGUCAUUAGGGAUCACCAUAUGUAAAAUGGCCUCCGGGACCUUACCAUUCAAGGAGGGCAAGGCAGAAUGUCGUCCAUCUAUUCUACUUGCAGAGCCUUGCUUUCCAGAAUGGUUUAGUGCAGAAUUGCAAGAUCUCCUGCAAAGGCUCCUGAAGAAGGAUCCAAAGGAACGUCUAGGCUUGAAUGGAAACAUUCGGGAGCACCCAUUUUUUAACACCAUUGAUUGGGCGCAACUAGAAAGCCAGAAUGUACCACCUCCUUCCCAGCCAGUAGCACUGUCCUCAGUGGAUCUAAGCAAGACAUAUAAGGAGCCACCAUCAUUCUUGGAGUCCCUGAAACACAAUAUCAGUUCAGGUGAUGUAUCCCUGCAAGAUAUGUCAUGCCUGGAGUCCAUUUCACAGUGCCAAGCUGUUUCUGGACCUUCAGACACUAAUGGCAUUCUUAGGCCCCACCAUCAGCCCAAUACCACCAUAACCAGCAGGCCCCAUAAUCAGCUGGGUUUGGUUCUGCUGCCCUCUCCAAGAAGUCUUAACUUCUGGUGUCUUGUCAUCACAAUUGUCAUCAUUAUACUGGCCUACCGGCGGUACCAUCGGUUGCCAUCAUCCUAGUUUCUGGCCCUUGAUAUCGGCUUCUACCUUUGGCUGUUUUUAUCACCUUCUGCCUUUUAUACCUGCUGCCUCUGCUAACCCUCACCACUAGGCCUUGCCAUCAGCCUUUGUCUCACACCACUGACCCUUUCCAUUGUUCCCUGACGUAAGAACUAGCACUUUUCUGUAGGCAUUUCCCUUUGUCUUUGUGGCACUGUUACCUGAAGCAAAUGUUUCUGCUUCCCCCCUGUUUGCACCACACAUUACACACUAAUAUUGUCCCCACAUUUUAGUCUAGCUCCAGUUCCUUUAUUUAUAUCUAUCAUGUUUGGUGAAAAGAUAUAACCAAAAUUCUAAACUUGAAUUUAUUUACAUCAAAGUAGCAUAGGUAUAGGCUAGUAUUUAGAAAUAGGUAGAAAGCAAAACAUUAAACAGGACACUGGAAUACAGGCUACCAACACUACUACACAUAAUACAUCACUGAUCCAGGGACUUAUCCGACUGCCAUAUUGGAGUCAGGAAGGAAUUUUUUUUCCCCUUCUGAAGCACAUUGGACACAGCUUCAGAUGGGUUUUCUUUUGCCUUCCUCUGGAUCAAGAUAAAUAGGAAUUUUAUGAAUACAUAGUUGUACUUAAAUUUGAACUUAAAUACUAAACUACUAAAUUAAUAAAUACAAAAAUAAGAUGCCAGCAAUUAAGAUGGUAGAAGAUAAGGAGAUUAAAUAUUUCAUUCAGUAUUCCCUUAUUAGUAUUAUGGCACUGCCCUCAUUUAUUGCUAGUUUAAUUCUUUGGACAAAUUAGCCUUAAAUUCAGGAAAAUAAAUGAAAUAAAUACAAAUUCUAGCAAAUAAAUAUGUGACAAAGUACAAAAAUAGAUUAAAAUAUUGCAGAAUGUUAUAUAGCUUAGCAUUAACUAAAAGCCCCAACUAGAAUAAUGUAGGGAAAACUGAAAAAGGGAAUGGUGGCUGUUUGCACCCACCUCUGCGCUGUAUGUGCCUGUCACUAUGGACACAGUGGAUUUCAGGCAGAAAAUAACCUGGCCAAAAUCUGCCCUGUGUGCACACUGACAUAUUUCAGUCCUGUCAGUACUCACAGAUACAGUGCAAAGGGGGGCAAUCUUGUUUUUAUACUGCAGGAGAAAGAGCAAUGUGUGCUAAAGGUCUAAGGCAUAUUGAAUUGGGCUGGCUAUAGUACAAAUAUUUAGAGACAAACCUGGCUAAAAACUCAGACCCCUUCUUAGGAUAAGGUAGGAUAAAUGUGCAAAAUACUUAGGACCAGCAAUAAAGUAGUGGACUUUAAUGUAGGACAGAAAUAACUAAACUAAACUGAUUUAAAUAGAUAAUUAGCAGCCAUAUUAGUGCACAGGUGAAAGGUUAGUACAUGAGGUUUCCCUGUAUUUGUGGAUACUUCUUUUUUAAUAUAUAAUUUUUUAUUAAAUUUUUAAAACAGGAAGUACAGACAGUACAUGUUUAAUAUGAACAACACAGAUAAUGUAUAUUACAAAUAAAUUGCAUUGUAAACAAAAUCUUUACCAGCUAAUAAACAUAUUGGUAAUGAUGUUAUUUUAUUACAACUGUGCUUUCUUAAAGAGAUAAAUAAAGACAAAUAGAAAAUUUA